CCGCGCCUGCGCCGCAUUGCUCGAGCGUCUAUUCAACUCUGCUCCGAUGUCUCGCCACUACGCCUCGCACGGUACCCCAGGGUAUGGCUCGCACGCAACAGACCCAUUCACAUCGAGGUCAUCGUAUCCAACGUUCUUGACGCCACAGGAAACAGUACUGUUACAGCUGAAGGCAGCGGGGAGAGGGCUAUUCGAUGCGUUCAGGUGGGAUGCGGUCAUACGGCUCGUGUCGAGCGACGCAGAGGUGCGCUCGAACAUUCUCAAGUCGCUCCUCCUCAACUGUGUCUCGCUCGCAUCGAUCUACUUCUUCGACCUGCUCCUGCAGCCGCUCACGCACGGACACACGCAUUGGCUCCGGCGGAACGUCGGCUGGGUGUACCAAGUGCUUUGGCUCCUGCCUGUUGUUGGCGUGUCGCUCUACCUCAACAGCUCAUGGACGGCGCACCUCGCGCGGCGUACCUACACCCUCCAGCAUGGCGCACGCGCAGCGGCAGACGCCACGACCGGGACGUACCUCGGGCUACUGAACAGCGUAGCAACGUCAGCGUAUCGCGGCGUGAUGAUCUUCACGUCUGUCGCCGUUUCAUUCAUGCUCCGUUAUGUGCCCUAUGCGGGCCCUGCUCUCGGUUUCGUAUUUCUCUGCUGGGUUGACGCAUUUAUAUGGAUCGCGAGAGGGUACUCGCUUUCGCGUAGGAUGAGGUACCUUGAGGAACGAUGGGCGUACUACUUUGCAUUUGGCCUCCCACCCACCGCACUCUGCAUGUUCGGCAGCACGCUCGCUAACGCUGCGAUCUUCGCGCUCAUAUUCCCUGCCCCAGGAGACCCAUACAACCCGACGCAGAGCGAGACGGUCCGGCACCCGUCUCCGUUCGUGCCCAUCCGUAUCCCCAUCUUCACGCCCGUCGUCUGGCUUAACGAUGCCAUCAUUCGCGUACUCAGCGUCUUUGGCUCCUUGGGCGCGCCACGGCCAAGCCCGGAUGUGCUGGGCCCGCGCUCACAUCGACGCGUGCCGAGCGAGAGCGUCGAGAGCGUCGAGGAGGGUGAGGCAGGGAGCAUCGAGCUCGGUGAGAUUAAGCCGGCGCCGCCGAUAGGCACGGGAGCAACAAGGGUCAGGGUGCGUAGAGGGAGUCGAAGUGGGGCCCAGAGACGCAAAUUCGACUGAACGUGUUCUACUUUCUUUUUCUUUUUCUUUUUCUUUUUCUUCUUCUUCUUCUUCUUCUUCUAAUUUUGACUGCAUUGGCUUUUGGAUAACCACACACUGGCAAUAUGUACCACAUACAGCACAUCAUCCGUACAUUCAACCGCAUACGUUUAUCCGUGCGCAUGUAUCUAUUCAACCGAAACCGGCCCACUCAAUAGAAUAAUAUGAUACCUCCUGCUUCUGCUCAUCCCACCCGCACAGGAGAUGCGCCUUUUUUGUUGCAGUGCCCAAUCGCCCGUGGGCGACUAUCUCCAUCGGCCGUAGAGUCGAUACUGGCGACUCGUGCACGGUCGCGGUGAAGUGCGAAUGAUACCUCAGAGGGUCACCUACAGCGUCCGCUUGUCAGUCAUGCCAUUAGCUGAGAAACAAAGAAAGUCCGCACCGGGAUACACAAGAAAGUCUCCACCAAAUCUGAUGCCUCCACCCAUAAAAUGUCCCUUCUCCCACAAAUCACAGAACACCGCACACUUUGCGCGCUCGAACAGCGUCGAGGGGUACGUCCACACUCCGGCCGCUCUGGCAUCCUCAAGCGUCGCAUACGUCACCGGCUCGGGUGUGUACCAUGGCAACUCUGCGACCGAACUCGCAGGAACAGUCACGGUGUACACUGUGUUAGCAUUCGCACUCGCAUUUAGAGUCGCGGAAGGUGCGUCAGAGUGUCCUUGCGUGGGUGCAGGUGAUGAAACGGGCAGAGUCGCGCUGUUCGGGUCCACGCCCUCCGCCAUGGCCUUCGCGCGUGCCGCGGCUGCACGUUUUUCUUCACGCUCCUUACGCUUGCGCCGCGCCUCCUCGCUCAUCGUGUGCGCCGCCGUACCGCGCUCGGCGGCCUCCUUCGCCUCCGCGGCCGCGAGCUGGGCGCGAACGGACGCGAUGCGCUUGCUGUUCCAUUGCGCGAGCUCGGUGUGCGAGGGCAAACGGUGCGCAGCAGAAUCGUCGACGAACACUGCCAAUUCUACGAUGAAUG